UCUCUACCCACAUUGGCAAAGUAUUAUCAUUGGCAUUUAUGUAGUUUACAGUGUUCGUUACAAAACUUUUGUUUCAUUUUUUCGAUUCAAUAUCAAACAGCGCGUUUAUCGUUGUAACACCGCAACGCAUCUGACGGAUAACGUGAAGUCGGUAGCGUCAUUUUCGUUUCUUUCGCACAGCUGAUAUCUGUAGUGAAAGGAUGUUUAUGCAAACAAAUAAGUCAAACGACUUUCAGUAUUAUUAAUUCAAAUUGAAUUGAAACAUAUUAACCGGCGUUUGCAAAGGCUUUGCCAAUCAAUCGAAAUGGAGUCGGCGGGACAGGGUCAGGUACAAAAUUCCUCGAAUAAUACCGAUAAUUCUGAAAACAAGGGAAGUUGCUUGCUACUUCGAUAUGCUAGUCAGAAUUCUUUGGAUGAGAGUUCGCAGAAACAUGUACCCCGAGAAAGUGGAAGGGACAAACCACCUUAUAGAAAUCAUCAUCAUACAAAUCAGGCCUUUGAUGUUAUCAAUGAAAUGCGAAAGAAAAAUUUGUUGUGCGACGUAAUUUUGGUAGCGGAUGGAGGUAUGGAAGUACCUGCGCAUAAAAUGGUUCUUGCUGCCUGUAGUCCUUAUUUUUAUGCUAUGUUUACAAGUUUUGAAGAACGAGAUCAAGAAAGAAUAACAUUGCAAGGUGUAGAUUACUCUGCACUAGAGUUACUGGUAGAUUAUGUAUAUUCUGCAGAAGUACAUGUGACCGAAGAUAAUGUACAAGUGCUGUUACCUGCAGCAAAUCUUUUGCAAUUGACUGACGUACGUGAUGCGUGUUGUGACUUUUUGCAAGCUCAGUUACACCCAUCAAAUUGCCUAGGAAUUCGUGCAUUUGCCGAUCUCCAUGGUUGUUUAGAAUUGUUGUCACACGCGGAUAGUUACAUAGAACAACAUUUUUCGGAAGUGGUGGAUGGCGAUGAAUUUUUAACAUUAGCACCACAGCAAGUUGCCAAAUUAAUUUGCAGUGAUCGUUUAAUGGUACCCUCGGAAGAAAAAGUAUUUGAAUGUGUGAUAUCUUGGGUACAUCAUGAUUUGGAGAAGAGACAAGCUCAUUUAGCUCAGUUAAUGGAACAUGUGCGUUUACCUUUGCUAUCGCAGGAAUAUUUAGUACAACGUGUGGAAGAAGAACCGCUUCUUAAAGCAAACUUACAAUGUAAGGAUUUCUUGAUCGAAGCUCUGAAGUAUCAUUUACUUAAAGGAGAACAAAAGUCAUUGUUUAAAACACCUCGUACAAAACCUAGACAACCAAGGGGAUUACCUAAAGUGUUGUUAGUGGUUGGUGGACAAGCACCAAAAGCAAUUAGAAGCGUCGAAUGUUACGAUUUUAAGGAAGAAAAAUGGUACCAGGUAUCGGAAUUACCUACGCGUCGUUGUAGAGCUGGUUUAUCCGUCCUUGCUGGACGAGUGUAUGCUGUUGGUGGAUUUAAUGGAUCUCUCAGAGUACGUACAGUCGACAUAUACGACGCAGCUACCGAUCAGUGGUCACCUUGUCCAGAAAUGGAAGCAAGAAGAUCCACGCUUGGUGUGGCUGUUCUUGGAAAUUGCAUUUACGCGGUCGGUGGAUUCGACGGUUCAACUGGUCUAAAUUCUGCCGAAGUGUACGAUCCAAGGACUCACGAAUGGAGAGUAAUAGCUCCGAUGUCGACGCGUAGAAGUAGCGUUGGUGUCGGUGUCGUUAAAGGAUUACUAUACGCGGUUGGCGGUUACGACGGAGCAUCGCGACAAUGUCUUUCCAGCGUCGAGUGUUACAAUCCGGAGAAAGAUCAAUGGAAACCAGUACCUGAUAUGUCUGCACGUCGCAGCGGCGCCGGUGUUGGCGUUUUGGAUGGGAUUCUGUAUGCUGUGGGAGGUCAUGAUGGUCCUUUGGUUAGGAAAAGUGUGGAAGCUUUUAAUCCAGAUAGCAAUCAAUGGAGUCCGGUCAACGACAUGGCUCUUUGCCGCAGAAAUGCAGGCGUUGUCGCGCUAAAUGGACUUCUGUACGUGGUGGGGGGCGACGACGGUGUGUCGAGUCUGGCAUCCGUCGAAGUGUAUUCGCCGAGGACCGACACCUGGACGACGCUUCAAACUUGCAUGGGAAUUGGCCGUAGCUAUGCUGGGGUAGCGAUAAUCGACAAGCCAAUGCCGUCUACGACAUCGAUGUGA